UUUCCCUCCAUUUCAUUCCUUCUCCUCCCCCCCACUUGCCUCCUCCUCAAUGGAGACCAUCAUCUCUCGUUGCUCCUCCGCUCCCCUCCUCCUCCCCAAACCCUCCUCUCACCAUCCCCGACUCCCUCUCCUCUCCAAGCCCAUCUCUUGCACCCUCAAGAACUCCUCUCCUGCUCCAUCUCCCCACAAAAGGAGCUGGAUCUCCCACCUCCAUCAUGGGCUGGCAACUGCUGCCCUGUCCCUGGCCAUCAACUUCUGCCCCGUCCCGUCCCUUGACCCCCCGGCGCUCGCGUCGGAGUUCGACGUGCUGAGCGAGGGCCCUCCGGUGGAGUACGUCGUCGAUGACGCCGGCGUCCUUAGCCGCGUGACCAAAUCGGAUCUCAAAAGUUUGAUGUCUGAUCUCGAGAAGAGAAAGAACGUUCACAUCAAUUUCAUCACUCUUCGUAAGCUUACGAGCAAGGCGGAUGCUUUCGAGUAUGCUGACCAGGUGCUUGAGAAAUGGUAUCCAACAGUAGAAGAAGGCAACAACAAGGGAAUAGUUGUACUGGUUACCAGCCAGAAAGAAGGGGCAAUCACAGGAGGACCUGCCUUCGUUCAAGCUGUUGGAGAUACUAUUCUGGAUGCUACUGUGUCUGAGAAUCUUCCAGUCUUAGCUACGGAUGAGAAAUAUAAUGAAGCUAUAGUUAGUGCCGCCAAACGUCUAGUUGCUGCCAUUGAUGGGCUGCCAGAUCCCGGAGGACCCAAGUUCAAGGACAACAAGCGCGAAUCCAAUUUCAAAUCUAAGGAAGAGACAGAAGAGAAACGAGGGCAAUUUACCCUCGUAGUUGUAGGUUUGCUAGUGAUUGCCUUUGUGGUUCCCAUGGCACAGUAUUAUGCUUAUGUCUCCAAGAAGUAGGUUCUCCAUGUAUAAUAAUCAUGAGCGAUGGAAAUUCUAAUUUAAAUUUGUAUCUACUGAGAACUGAAGCGCAGAGAAUUUUGGAUUGUAAAUUGUAUGCCAAUUCACUUUGGCUUGCAUUUCUUCAAGUAUCAUCAAAGCUUACUCGUGUAAAGGAAUGGGUUCAUGUUAAAGUGUCAUUUGUGUA